GAUUUAGGGUGCUGUGGACGAUGCAGGAUUUGGGGUGCGGGGGGGGGGGAGGGGGUGGUGCCAGGUUUGUGGUGCCGGGGCCAGAUCCUCCCCCCCCCCCACGACCCCUCCCAGCGAUGCUUUUUGGGCCAGAAAACGCCGAUUUCUGUCCGACCCAGAGGCUGCGGGAAAAGGGGUGCGGGGGGUGCCCCCCCAAAAAACCAACCCCCCCCCCCCCUCAGCACCUCCCGGGUGGGCGGGGGGAGGAGGAGCCGGUAGUAGCCGCCUGGCCCCGCCCCCUGCUCCCAUUGGCUGCCGCCCCCCCCGUCCCUUCCCACGCUGCUUCAUGAAUGAAAAGGAGGAGAGGGGAGAACGGGGGGGGCGUUUAACCCCUUCAGAGCCGGAUGGAGGGAGGUGUGUGUGUCACGCACAGCGCUGGGGAGACCCCCCCACCCCCUCUUUAACCCCCCCCCGGCUUCCCCACCUUUCAGCCCUUCCCAAUCCCGUACUGGUGAGCACUGGGAACGGCUCCUGCCCCUUUAAGAGAGGGCGGGGCCGCGUGACGUCAUCCGGGACAUGAAUGAACAGGAGCGGGUGCCGGGCCCCACACCCCCCCCCAGCUCUGGGUGCUGCCGGGUGCACCCCGAAACCCGCCACCCCCCAUGGCGGGUACCCCCAAAACCUUCGUCCUCCUCUUCCUCCUCUUCCUCUCCCCUGUGGCAGCCGAGGAAGUGGUUCUGCUGGACUUCGCCAAGGCACAAGGGGAGCUGGGCUGGCUGACCCACCCCUAUGGCAAAGGGUGGGACCUGCUGCAGAACGUGCUGAACGACUCCUUGAUCUACAUCUACUCGGUGUGCAACGUCCUGGAGGGCGAGCAGGAGAACUGGCUCCGCACCAACUGGAUCUACCGCGGGGUGGCCCAGCGCAUCUUCAUCGAGCUCCAGUUCACCGUCCGUGACUGCAACAGCUUCCCCACCGCGGGUGGGGGCUCCUGCAAGGAGACCUUCAACCUCUACUAUGCCGAAUCCGACGUGGAUUAUGGCACCAACUUCCAGAAGAGGCAAUUCAAGAAGAUCGACACCAUCGCUCCGGAUGAAAUCACCGUCCAGGAGGAUUUCGCCUCCCGCAAUGUCAAGCUGAACCUGGAGGUGAGGUCGGUGGGACCUCUCCGGAGGAAAGGUUUCUACUUGGCCUUCCAGGAUCUGGGAGCUUGCGUGGCCUUGCUCUCCGUCCGCAUCUACUACAAGAGGUGUCCAGAGGUGGUGAGGGGCAUGGCCAGGUUCCCAGCCACGGUGGCCGGCGUGGACUCGCAGACCUUGGUGGAGGUGCAGGGGACCUGCGUGGAGGAGGCCGUGGUGGCCCAGCAGGAGCCCGCGCUGCACUGCAACCCUGAGGGGGAGUGGCUGGUGCCCAUCGGGGAGUGUCAGUGCCGGGAGGGCCACCAGAGAGUGGGGGACACCUGCCAAGCCUGUCCCCCCGGCUCCUUCAAGGCCGGGGUGUCCCCGGGGGGCUGCCAGCCCUGCCCCCCCAACACGCUGCCUGCCCCCCCUGCUGCUGCUGCCUGUCCCUGCCAGGACGGCUUCUCCCGCGCCCCCGACGACCCCCCCCGGCGACCCUGCACCCGUCCCCCCUCGCCCCCCCAAGGCCUCACGGCCGUGGGGCUGGGGGCCGCGGUGCAGCUGCGUUGGGCCCCCCCCGCCGACACGGGUGGCCGUGGGGAUGUCACCUACAGCGUCACCUGCCACCAGUGCUGGCCGGAGGGGGGGGAGUGCCGGCCCUGCGACGGGGGGGUCCGCUACUCCCUGCCCCCCCAGGGCUUGACGGGGACGGGGGUGACUGUCACCGACCUGGAGCCACACGUCAACUACACCUUCACGGUGGAGGCCCGGAACGGGGUGUCCCCCUUCAGCCCCCAGCGCAGCCUGGCCACUGCCACCAUCAGCGUCAACCAGACGGAGCCACCCCGGGUGACGUCGGUGAGCCUGGAUGGACGGACGGCCACCAGCCUGGUCCUCUCCUGGACGGUGCCGCUGCGGCAGCAGAGUCGGGUCUGGAAGUACGAGGUCACCUACAGCAAGAAGGUGGACGAGAACAGCUACUCAGUGCUGCGCUGUGAGGACACCUCUGUCACCCUCCCCAAGUUGUCCCCUGCCACCACCUACGUGGUGCGUGUCCAGGCGCUCACCCCGGAUGGCCACGGGGCCUUCAGCCCCCAGCACGAGUUCCAGACCCUGCCUGAAGACACCGAGUCCAUGGCAUCCACCGCGGUCGUUGCCGGCUCCAUCGCAGGUGUCAUCUUCGUCGUCCUCAUCUUGGUCGCUCUUCUCUACGUCCUCCGGCGGAAGAGAAGGUCACGGCCACGCCAGUCCUCCGAGGACGUCUACUUCUCCAAGUCAGACCAGCUGAAGCCCCUCAAGACCUACGUCGACCCCCACACCUACGAAGACCCCAACCAAGCCAUGCUCAAGUUCACCACCGAGAUCCAUCCGUCCUCCAUCACCCGCCAGAAGGUCAUCGGCGCCGGGGAAUUUGGAGAGGUCUACAAGGGGACCCUGAAGCGUGGGAAGAAGGAGGUGCCGGUGGCCAUCAAGACCCUGAAGGUGGGCUACACGGAGAAGCAGAGGAUGGACUUCUUGGGUGAAGCCACCAUCAUGGGGCAGUUCUGCCACCACAACAUCAUCCGUCUGGAAGGGGUCGUCUCCAAAUCCAAGCCCUUCAUGAUCAUCACAGAGUACAUGGAGAACGGGGCUCUGGAUAAGUUCCUACGGGAAAAAGAAGGGGAAUUUGGUGUCAUCCAGCUGGUGGGGAUGUUGAGGGGCAUCGCCGCCGGCAUGAAGUACUUGGCCAACAUGAAUUACGUCCAUCGGGAUCUGGCCGCCCGGAACAUCUUGGUGAACAGCAACUUGGUGUGCAAAGUGUCUGAUUUUGGGCUCUCCAGAGUCUUGGAAGAUGACCCUGAAGCCACCUACACCACCAGCGGCGGGAAGAUCCCGAUCCGCUGGACAGCUCCCGAGGCCAUUUCCUACCGCAAGUUCACCUCGGCCAGCGACGUCUGGAGCUACGGGAUCGUCAUGUGGGAGGUGAUGUCCUCGGGCGAGCGGCCCUACUGGGAGCUCUCCAACCACGAGGUGAUGAAGGCCAUCAACGAGGGCUUCCGCCUGCCCGCGCCGCUGGACUGUCCCUCCGCCAUCUACCAGCUGAUGCUGCAGUGCUGGCAGCAGGAGCGCGCCCGCCGGCCCAGGUUCCCCGACAUCGUCAGCAUCCUGGACAAGCUUAUCCGGGCCCCCGAGGCCCUCAAGGCCUUGGCAGACUUUGACCCCCAGGUGUCCAUCCGCCUGCCCAGCACCAGUGGGGCAGAGGGGCUUCCCUUCCGCUCGGUUCCCGAGUGGCUGGAGUCCAUCCGCAUGCCCCAGUACACGGAGACCUUCCUGGCCUCGGGAUACAGCACCAUCGAGCAGGUCCUGCAGAUGACCAGCGAGGAUAUCCGGAGGAUCGGGGUCCGGCUCCCGGGGCACCAGAAACGCAUCAUCUACAGCCUCCUGGGGCUGCAGGAGCAGUUCAGCUCUGGGGGGGUCCCCAUUUAAAAUCCCCCCCACCCCCCCUUUACACCCUAAAAAUACUUGAAAGCAAAUGAAGACCCAUUCCCCUCCUCCCCGAGGGGCUUAUUUAUUAAUCCUAUUAUUAUUAUUAUUAAGGUUUUUUAUUUGUAGUAUUAUUAUUCAUAUUCUCCCCAAAACAAAACGGGUGUCACUCCCCUCAACUGUGUCCCCCCCUCAAAAAAAAAGACAUUUCAAGCUCAAUUUUGAGCUGGGAAAGGGGGAGGAUUUAUUAUUUCCUUAUUUUUAUGAUUUUUUUCCUCUCUUUUUAAUGAGGGUUUUUCCUCCUUUUUAUAAUUUUUUUCUCUUUUUUAUCAUAUUUUCCACAUUUCAAGCAUAAAAAAAAAUACCCCAAAUGGACCAAUUUGGGCUUCAUUCCUCCCCCCCCUAUUUAUUCCUUUUAUUCCUCUUGGAUUUGGGAAUUUUAAUUGUUUGGGGUUCCCCCUCCCCCCCCAUUUUCACAUGAAUCUGCCAGAGUUGCCUUUUUUUGUUUUUUAACCUAAUUUAUUCUAUUUUUUUGGUCUAUUUAUUGUGAGGAAACUAAGGUGGUGGCAGAUUUUUUGGGGGGGAGGGGGUUGGUUUUUUACACCCAACCCCCCCCCCAGGGGGUUUAUUUUAUUCAAGGGUUUUGGGGGUUGUUUUGAUUUGUUGUUGGGGUUUUUUAUUUUUGUGAGGUUUUGAUUUAAAAUAAAAAAAUGUGCUUUUUUUUUUUUCUA